AUGCGAUAUUUGGAAAUCCCAAAAGGCGCCAGCCGCCUCUAUGAAGUUCCACGAUCCCAACUCGACCUCAGAACCGACCCAGAAAUCGUCGCCGAGCUCAGCACCUUCCGCCCCGUCACCUCGGAGAAGAACGUCUGGGCAUUCUGGGACAAAGGCCUCGAGUCCAUGUACCCGAGCUACAGAUGCACCGUCCUGAACUGGGUCCGAAAACUCGGCCCCGCGUGGACGGUCCGUCUCGUCGACCUCGUCGACGGGUCUCCCAGCCACAUCUACAACUUCAUCGGCAAGCACUGGCUGCCCGACUGUCUCGUCGACGCGACCAUGGACGGGGCGCACAAGGCGCAGCACGCGUCGGACAUGGUCCGCCUCCCGCUGCUCUUCGAGCACGGCGGCGUCUGGAUGGACGUUGGGAAUAUGCUGCACACCCACCUCGACGAGCUCUUCUGGGACGCGCUGGAAGACCCGGGGUCGCCGUAUGAGGUUGGGUUGUGGAUCAUCACCGGCCAGAUCAGGAAGACGUGGGGGAGUUUCGGGAAUUUCAUGCUCGCCGCGAGAAAGGGCUCCGUGUUUAUCAAGAACUGGCACGAGGGUUUCAAGGCGCUGUGGGAGGGCCGCACGAAUGAGCACGGGAUUCACGAGCACCCGCUGAUACGGGAGAUCGGUAUCGCCGACGGCAUGGCGGAUUGGAAUUUCGAGGACAAGGUUCUCGACAUGAGCGACUACGUCGCCCAGAUGCUCAUCGGCGACCGCACGCGGAACCUCCUGGACGUGGAGACCGGUUGGAACGGGCGGGAGGUCUACGAGCGGAGGGCGUUCAUGGUGGAGGGCAUCUACAACGGCGUGCUCGGUGCGAUCAAGACGGGCUAUGACGGGGCGCGACAGGCUGAGCUCUUCACGACGAGGCUGGACGAGGCGGACGAGGAGAGGCGGAAGGCGGCCGAGGACUUUGUGGUCGACAUGCUGGAGAAUAGCCACAUGUACAAGGUUUACCACAAUUCGGCUGGAGGAUUGUCGGCGCUUGGAGACUUGGUCAAGAAGGAGGGCUUUCGGGAUGCGGAUCACAGGCCGGGGACGUUUGGGGAGUUGUAUAGGUAUGGGACGGUGCAUUGGCGUUCGAGGAGGAAGGUUGAGCAGUUGAGACCUCCGCCGAGCGAAGAUGAGUUGAUUAGGGCAACACCGACAACACCUGCGUGUGAUUUAAAGACAUAG